UUAAACGCCUGCCGCGCUGCACAGAGCAUUAGCAACGGAGUCUGCUGGGCUUCUCGGCUCCGUUCAUGAAUCUCGGGAUAACCCAGGGUCCUGCCUACAAUAAUAUGUAAUAAAACUGAGACGCGAUCAUGCGUUCUAAUGCUAAUGCUCCGUACGUUUGGAUAAUUAGUGAUAGUAUAGAAUUUACACGUUGUAUAAUAGUGAGACUGCUUGUUGUUUUCGCGAUUCAUGAUAAACAAAACAGUGUAGAGUGUGUAAAAAAUUUAUGGGGAGGCUGUGCCUUCCUUGCCUCCUCUGACGAGCCGCCACUGAGGGUUGUGAGGGUGGCGGCAGUGCCUAUAUGUGCAACAGUCAACAACCAUGGGCAGUAAAUAGCACUUUGGCAUAUUAUGGUUUUGGUGCAGCCUCUUUCAGUAACGGAAUUGAUGUAUCCUUAUGUUGCGCUUGUUUCUUAUUUAGCUUCCAGGAUCAAAUUUCUAACAAGAAAAUGAUCGUACAAGUUAUAAAUACUGGUUCUGAUUUGGAUCAUAAUCAUUUCGACAUUGCUCUUCCCGAAGGUGUUGUUGGAAUUUUCACUGAAGGUUGUCAUGACCAAUGGAAUGCCCCAUGGAACGGUUGGGGUGACCAAUAUGGUGGAGUUCAUAACAGAGACGAAUGUGCUACUCUUCCUCAAGCCUUACAGUCUGGAUGUUACUUCAGAUUUGAUUUCUACCAGAAUGCUAACAAUCCAAGAAUGCAUUUCGACCAAGUCCAAUGUCCUGCUGAAAUCGUUGCCAAAUCUGGUUGCAGUCUUUAAAUAUAAUAUAAUUAUUUGUUUUAAAAGAAUUAUGUUUAACUUAGGUAUACAUAUCUAUACUGAAAUAAACACUAAU